AUGGAACAGAUUCAAGAAGAUGUUAUAGAAAAGGUUGUUCAUAGCAUAGAAGUAAAUUUCUUAAAAAGAGUCAUUGAUUCAAUCGAUAAUACAAUAAAAAUUCUUUAUGUGAAUAGUGCAAAUGAUGAAGAAUUUGAAAAAGACUUUAAUGAAAUGAAACGUAAUCUCAAUGGAGCAUUAGGAAAAAAUCUUAUAUUACUGCAACAAUUUGAUAAUAUCCGAGGACAAGUUAUUUCUUGUUUACAAAAUAGUUAUCAAGUACUUGUUAGUGGUUUGAAAAAAUCUAGUUCGAAAUAUGCUAAAAUAGUUGCUACACCAAUUGAAGCAGCAUCCAUGAUUAAUCGAUUAUGGGAUAUGCUUCAAUCUGUUUUACAGUUUCACAAUGCUUUCGAAACAUUGAAAAGUAUUAUUGAAGGUGCUGUAAUGAAAUCAAAUGAAUAUAAUAAUACAGAAAAUACGUAA